GUUUCCAGGGGGUCUGGAAACCCCCCAAGCAACAGCCGUCUAAUAUCAACUCAUUGUCUUACGUCACACCUUCUCCCGUACAGUUUUUGAUAUAGAUUCGGCAGUGAUUCCUGUGGUGUACUGUACACCCUACAUACGCUCCGUGACCGGCAGGGACGUCAAGGCACGCCUAACGCGCGCUAGUGUUCCAACUUUGCACGUGGCGGGCACCUUUCCUAGUCUCCUGACACGUGAAGAGAGGGAAUUUCCGAAAGUGACUGUGGACAAUGAAGAGGCGUUCUAAAGACCAACUGACCAUCAGUGCUCUCUUUGAAGCUGCUAGAAAGAGAUCUCGAGGCGGGGACCCCACUCAAGAGAGUGUAGAUUCUGAGCGGGCAUCGUCGCAUUCCAUCAAUUUGGAACUGAACCCAAUGACAAGUGAAGCAUAUGAAACUGCAGACCUCAGUAUAGAAGUCACUGGAUCUGGUGGCAGCGGGGAUCAUGUAAGCGAUCGUGUUGAAGUGCUUGCAUUUGUCAAUGGGGAUGAACGUGAUCCUGCUGAAGCCUGCAGAGCGAUUAGAAACGAUGUUGGAGAACUGGUAGAUCCAAACAAACUGCAGGAUGAUACAAAGCUCUCCUUGCUGUUGGGUCAUUUUGUUCCAGACAGCCACUUUCCGUUUCCUCCUCGGCAAGAGAAGAAGAGUGGGCGAGAUACCAAGCGCUAUUUUCAAUUACAAUGGCUUGAAAAGUAUAACUGGCUACACUGA